GGAGGACGGGGAGAGUAGGGAUGCUGGGGCGGUUCGAGCGAGAGCGAGUUGACGCAAAGUAGCGUACGUCAGUUUGUGUCAGACAACGGAGCACGGAAGAUGCUCCCGGUUCUUCGCGAAACGGAUGGACCGUCCUCGGCACCGAGGUCUCGACGUCGUCGCCGUGUUCGCGCGACGGCGAGGUCGAAUCCGCGUCGUCGAGGUACCGCCUCUUUUUCCUUCUCCUCCUCCUACGCCUCCUCCUCCUCCGCUUCCUCCUCUUCGUCCUCCUUCGAUUUUCGCGAGCUUCUCGAGAGGAAAGAUGCCGAGAAUCAAGUCGAGGACGAAGAGAUCGUUCGAGGCUGGAGCGGAAGAAGAGCGAGCGGUAUCGUUAGACCGGUCAGUACCAGCACCCUCAUGACCACGGCGUUGACUCUUCUCUUGAUUCUACUACCGGCUGCCUUCCCGGAUAAGAUCAACAUAGGUGCGAUUUUCGAGCAAGGUACGGACGAGAUCCAGUCCGCCUUCAGGUUCGCCAUGUUCAACCACAACAAGAAUACGACCAUUCGAAAGUUCGAGCUGCAAGCCUUCGUUGACGUUAUUAACACAGCGGACGCCUAUAAACUUUCCCGUUUGAUUUGCACUCAAUUCAGCAGGGGCGUGUACUCGAUCCUGGGCGUCGUCAGUCCGGACUCGUUCGACACGCUUCACUCCUACAGCAACACGUUUCAGAUGCCCUUCAUGACGCCCUGGUUUCCCGAAAAGGUCCUCACGCCGUCCUCCGGUCUCUUGGACUUUGCCAUAAGCAUGCGUCCGGAUUACCAUCGUGCCAUCAUCGACACGGUGCGAUACUACGGAUGGAAGAAAAUCAUCUACCUCUACGACUCCCACGACGGUCUCCUAAGGUUGCAGCAAAUUUAUCAAACGUUGAAGCCUGGAAACGAGUCUUUUCAAGUGGAAACCGUCAAGAGGAUACAAAACAUGUCCGAGGCGAUCGAUUUUCUCCGAAGCCUCGAAGAACUUAAUCGAUGGAGCAACAAAUACGUGGUAUUGGAUUGUCCAACGGACAUGGCCAAGGAUAUCGUGGUGAGUCACGUUCGAGACGUCACGCUUGGAAGAAGAACGUAUCAUUACUUAUUAAGUGGGCUGAUAAUGGACGAUCGAUGGGAGAGCGAGGUGAUCGAGUACGGAGCCAUCAACAUCACCGGCUUUCGCAUUGUGGACGCCAAUCGACCUCACGUCAAGGAUUUCCUCCUCGGCUGGCAUCGCCUCGAUCCUGUCACCAAUCAGGGGGCUGGUCGUGAAUCCAUUUCCGCGCAAGCGGCCUUGACGUACGACGCGGUGUUCGUUCUCGUCGAAGCGUUCAACAAGUUUCUCAGAAAGAAGCCUGAUCGGAACAACGUCAGACGAACCGGAAACAGUAGCCAACCAACGAACGCUACGAGAUCUCUCGAGUGCAAUUAUAGCCGUGAUGUGGUCACGCCAUGGGAGCACGGCGACAAAAUAUCAAGAUUUCUCAGAAAGGUCGAAAUCGAAGGCUUGACGGGGAAGAUACGUUUCAACGACGACGGACGAAGACAAAAUUAUACGCUUCACGUGGUCGAGAUGACGGUGAACAGUGCCAUGGUCAAGGUUGCCGAGUGGACGGACGAGGCUGGAUUUCAAACGAUAGCUGCCAAAUACGUAAGAUUGCGCCCGCACGAGAUCGAGAAGAAUAGAACUUACAUCGUUACAACGAUCGUGGAGGAGCCUUACAUCAUGAAGAAAAAGUCCGAGAACGGCGAAGCGCUCGUUGGAAAUGACAGUUACGAGGGUUACUGCAAAGACCUCGCCGAACUCAUAGCUAAAAAACUUGGCAUAACGUACGAGUUGCGGAUCGUAAAGGACGCUAAAUAUGGGACCGAAAAUCCGGACGUUCCCGGCGGUUGGGACGGAAUGGUCGGUGAACUCAUUAGAAAGGAAGCGGACAUCGCCAUCGCUCCUAUGACGAUCACGUCGGAGCGCGAGCGCGUGAUUGAUUUCAGCAAGCCCUUCAUGUCUCUCGGUAUCAGCAUCAUGAUAAAGAAGCCCAUCAAGCAGAAGCCAGGGGUCUUCAGUUUUCUCAAUCCGCUGAGCAAGGAGAUCUGGGUGUGCGUCAUCUUCUCUUACAUCGGAGUGUCCAUCGUCCUAUUCAUAGUCUCGAGGUUUUCACCGUACGAGUGGAGAGUUUUGACGAUCAGCGGAGGCGGUGAUCCAACCAUGUCCGGCAGAAACGAUCCGAGCCUUCAGCAUCCUCACACGCCUCAAGGUUCCCCGCAUAUACCAACGUCCAGCAUGGCCAACGAUUUCAGUAUCAUCAACAGUCUAUGGUUCUCUUUGGCCGCGUUCAUGCAGCAAGGUUGCGACAUAUCACCGAGGUCGAUAUCCGGCCGAAUAGUCGGCAGCGUUUGGUGGUUCUUCACUCUAAUCCUGAUAUCGUCCUACACCGCGAACCUCGCUGCCUUUCUAACGGUCGAAAGGAUGGUAACUCCUAUAAAUUCGCCGGAAGACCUCGCUUCGCAAACGGAAGUACAAUAUGGAACGUUGUCUCACGGCUCUACGAGGGACUUUUUUCGAAAAUCUCAAAUCAGUCUAUACAGCAAGAUGUGGGAGUUUAUGAAUUCGCGCAAACAAGUCUUCGUUAAAACUUACGACGAAGGGAUAAGAAGAGUAAGAACGAGCAAGGGAAAGUACGCUCUACUGAUAGAGAGUCCAAAGAACGAGUACAUCAACGAGAGAUUGCCCUGCGAUACGAUGAAAGUCGGAAGAAAUCUCGAUGCCAAGGGUUUCGGCGUUGCGACUCCGCUCGGUUCUCCUUUGAGGGAUUCCAUCAACUUGGCCGUGCUGUCAUUGAAGGAAAGCGGAGAAUUAACAAAGUUGAUGAAUCGAUGGUGGUACGAUAGAACGGAAUGCAGGCACGGCGACAAGCAGGACGCUUCGAGAAACGAAUUAUCUCUCAGCAACGUCGCCGGAAUCUUUUACAUUCUCAUAGGUGGACUUCUCCUGGCAUUGGCCGUCGCCCUUCUUGAAUUCUGUUACAAGUCUCACACCGAAGCUACCAGAGCGAAGAUACCAUUGUCGGACGCGAUGAAGGCGAAAGCCAGGCUGACGAUCGGUGGUGGUCGAGAUUUCGACAAUGGACGGUGGUACGGACUCCAGAGUUAGACGGAGGAUGCAUGCGCCUUUCCCGGGACCAUAUUACUACGCCCCAGCAAACGCGAUUGGGACUACCGAGGGCGACCAGGUGCACAGCAAUACGCAUACUCAGGUGUAAGCUACUCGGACAGUUCGGCAGGUGAGUCACCAGCAAUUUCGUUGCCGACUCCACCGCCGCCGCCAUUGAUGGCUCCACCGCCGCCGCCACCUAGAAGACCACCGAGAAGGAGCGUCACCUUCGCAGACUCGCCUCUGAAGAGUCCGAAGAAGGUUUUCUCGAGGUUUCCGCGAAGAACAUCGAGCGUCGCGACGCUAGACGUCGCGGUUCCUUGGACGCCGGUCUCGCCGCGGCACUGGACCAUGCGCGACGGUAAACCCGAGUACGUCACCUGAAUAAAUCAAAAGAGAAACGAAGACGAGCACCUAACGCCAAAAAAUAUGCCGAAUUUCCGAAGGAAGAUUCAACGUUUUCUUCGUCUCUCCGCUUUCUCUUUCGCAAUGAAUUACCCGUACUUCUUCUACCCCAUAGAGCAAAAUUUUUUUCAAUUACGAGUCGAAAUCGCACCGAUACCGAUCAACGAGAAAUCUUCGAUACUAACCGUUAAAUGGAAUUUUUCUUUUUCUUUCCGAUCAAGUUACGUUCGAUCGAAUUAAUACUGGACAAGUUCGUUACGUUUACGAUUCCCUGGGAGUCGUAAUAAAAGACGUUGCUUUAUGGGGAUUCCUCCUUUUCGUAUGAAAUUACACUGCCAACAUUUGUGGACGAAAUACACGGUAUGUGUUCUCGCGAUGUGUUCAUCGCCAAGCGUGUCAUCGGAGAGACGAAAACGGAAUCAGCGUUCGGAGAUGCGAUAUUAUUCCCCGUGUCUUCGGACGAGAACGCGUUUGUAAAUUGUAAAUAAUUGUAUGAGAAUCAAAUAGAAGAAUCAAAAGAAAUCGAAAAGAUCGAAAAUUCUAUAGUAGAUCGAUGGUCCUGGGGUGGGUGCAUGUGCAACCAUAUAAUAAAACGAUAUUCGUCGUAUUAACUGCCAUUUCGCAUUAACAAGAGAAGAAGAAAAACGAAGAAAGAUAUCAAAGAGAAAAAGGGUGGUAUUAACUCUAUAAUAUUAUUCGACGUACGGUUAGACGCUUACGUCGAAUAUAUGCGUAUCGAUGAUCGCAUAGGUCAGCGAGGAGAUCAGAGAGAAGGGAAGAGAUUCCAAAAAAAAAAAAAAAAAGAAAAGAAAAGAAUCUCGAGAAGCUGUCACGUGCCAAAAAAACAAAUACGAAAGAGGACGAACCGUCUCCGAUCGUGACACGAAUGUACUAUUACUAUUAUUAUUAUUAUUAUUAUUGCUAGUUAUUCUUAUUGCGAAUUAAUUAACUACUUCAUUAUGGUAUACCGGUGCAAACUAUUUUGUGCAAUGCGAGCUUGAAAAGAAUCGCGUACCCCCGUUGGAUCCAUGAGAAUUUUUUCACUAACAAAGUGUAUAAUCACGUCGAGCGUGUGUGUUGCGAAUGUAAUAGUCUAUACAUUACAUAAAAAUAUAUACCUAUAGACGUUUAUUAAAGGUAAUAUGUAUAUGAUCGUGCGAAUUGUGUGAGUGAGAGAGAGAGAGAGAGAGAGAGAGAGAGAGAGAGAGAGAGAGAGAGAGAGAGAAUAGAACGAGCGUGAAAGAAGCGUCGUGCGUUAUUACGAAUCGGGUGAGUGAGUCUAGAUCGAUCGUGUAAAGGCGUUGUACGAGUACCUAUAUCGAUCUUCUAUGCGAUCUCGCGUCGAUCCGAAAGUCCGAUGUAGGUCGUGAAAUAAGAGAAAAUUUCUUCUCUCUUGGGAUUUCUGGAUUACUCCGUUUCUCACGAAUUAAGGGAAGAAGCGAUUCUACGUCGGUCCGGUUCGGUCCGUCGAGAUCCCCGGUUCCAAAAUUAAUCAUCGUGGCCAAGAGUUGUUGGUGCCAAAAAGACGAUAUCUUACGUCGUGCGGACCCACGCGUUCGCGAUACUAUCCAUUGAUUUAUAGCCGUUCGAGCUAUCGCACGUAGAGUACAUACCUACUUGAUACAUCGUCGAGAACGCAAACUUUUGCGGACCUUUUUGUUUCCGUUCGCGAUACGACGUCGUACGUUUUCCUUAUUUAUCUUUCUCCGUGUUCACGGAAUAUCCGUCGAAGCAAGGGGACCGAACGACGAAAGAGAUCGAACGAUAAAUUCGGCAUAAGCCGCGACGUGUGUAACUGAAUAUCGAAUAUUGUUCGUCAAAAGUAUGUACGAUCUGACAAAGUACCAUUACGUUUUUCCAAUGUAAAUAUCGUCGUUUAUACCGAAGAAAAAACGAGUAAGAUUCCAUUUUUCGUGGGACGUUCGCGAGAUCUUUCUUUUUUCCUUCUUCCGACAUUCGAAGAGCGAAAGAUCGAGGAUAAUCGAUUUGAUCCAGUUUCAUGCGUUGCGAUCUAACUAUCAUAUCGUCAGAUUUUCUUAUUACGACUCAUUGUUAUCUAUCAUCGAUUAAUAAACGAUAGAUAAUAUACGUAUCGGUUUAAAGAUAGAUCGUUAAAACUAAUGAUAAACGUCGUGCGUGAUGUGUUUAAAUAAGAGAAAGAAUAAAACAAAGAAAAAAAAAAAAGAAAAACGAAAAAAAAAUAAAGAUACGGAGAGACUCGUCCUGAAAAGGCGAUAAAAACAUUGUCACGAUUACGUUGACGCAACGUCAAAUUAUCUCCGCGCGUACGCGCGUGUGCGAGCGUACUCGUCUGCUGUGCGUGCAACGAGAGUGGAAAUAUGUCCGAUUACGUAAGCGAGAGGAUCGUCGAAGAUUAUUAAAAGAAAACAAAAAACAAUAACGAAACACCUACUUAUCGAGAUAAGUGCAAAAUUGACGAGUCGAGAAGCUGCAACGAAGUAACCCACGAGCGAAUAUAAAUGCUGUUCCAUUAUAAAUAGAAAAACGUUUCGCUUCUCGGAGAGUCUCGCUUACGUAGGAAGCUGCUACGUUCGACGCUCGACUCGGAAUGACAAAGCGUUGUAAUCGUCUUUGUUUUCGUCGUCGUCGCGAACGAUUUCCGUGUUGAUGUUCAUCGUAAACUUUUUCUAUCCUCUAUUUACCUUGGUGAAUAAACACACGAAUGAAAUGCGAUAAAAACACAGAGAAAUACAAAAAUCAAGAAAAUCCCCGCGUACCGUCCCUGCGCAGUUGCGAAAAACAAUUUAUGUAAUUUUCUAAGAGCCAACAUCAUUUCUUUUCACGACGUUCCUCCUUCACGCAUCAGCUACUUACGUUCACCGAAAUAAAUAUCGUCGGCGAGUAAGAGAGUCUCCGCUUAAUCGUGUAGAUUUUCAACCUUACCCGUUUAAAGAGAAACGUAAACGUUAUGGGAUAACGAAAAUGACGAAUAAGGAAAUUAUACCUGAUCGGUCCAAUAGCAAAGCGGGGACUGACACGAAGCGCAACUUGCAUGCGCACUUACAUCCGUACGAGUCGACACGCGGAUGGAAUGAAAAAUCAUUAUUUUACAUAUUCCUCACCGUAGUAUCUUCAUGUAGCUUCGAUAUUUAAAAGAGAAAAAAAAACAAAAAAGAAAAAACAAAAAAAGAACAAAAGUGAAAAAAAAGGAAAAAAAAGUACCCUCAAUCCUUUGACAGUUUCGCCGAGACUCUCCCGCUUUUAACAUGACUUUUAAAAAAUAUCCGAAGCGACGCGAUCGCGAAGAGAGACACCUAUGGAGGAUGCAUUGCGGAGAAAAAGGAAAAAUUAGUAGGACAUACCUUCGGAACGGAAAUACGUACUUAAAGAAAGAAAACGUUAAUAUCGUUGUAAGGGAGAAUGGAUGUGUCGAAUCAAAGAGAAGACAGGAGAAAUGAAAACUAAAGCAAGAGAACAAAACUAGCGUCUUCCAGUUUGUCCAUUCCACUUGUCAUUGCGUUUUAUUCACGCUUGUUCUUCGAUUCGAAUAUCCUCCGUCAUCUCCCGUACCAAUUCGUGGCGUGAUGCGAUGAAAAAAUCCCUUGUAAACCGUUGUAUACCAAUUAAAUUUGUCACAAUACAGGAUCGUUUAUUUAAACGUAAAA